UUUCAGCCGGUUAAGUGUUCCCAGCGCACCUAUAAUUUUGCAGGAAAAUUAGCAUUAGCGAGGGAAAAGCAUGUAGUAGUAUGCAAUAAAUUGUGUGUGCAGUUAUACGUGAGAAGGCCUGCAUGUUUUAGCGACAGAUGAUUAAAAACAACUCAGAUGUUAAAGUGAUUAGCAACAUUCUCGGUUUGUUGUGUUUUGUUUUAGCCUUGGUGUCUUGUGAGAACCUGAGCGGAACGUUAAACAGAACCACAUUAACGUCACAUUAAUUAUUGAACUUUACCGAUUCACUUGUGCUCGCUAUAAACCGUUAAUUUUCUAACUCUGGCUGUGCAAACUAUACUGGAAAAGAAACGAGAAGAAAAAAAAACACUGCAAGUAACUGAGGAUCUAAGGCCCACCGGAUGGCUGCUACAGCCGGACCGAGCUCUGAAAACGACCCCAUAGAUUUAUACGGUGAUCUGAAUCCAAACGAUGAGGAUCUGGAAAAAAUUGCGGAAGCAAAUGAACUUUUUGAUGCUGUUCUAACUGGUUCGGUUAAUCAGGACAAUAAAACUACUAGAGAUGCAGCCAAGGAAGCACCAGCUAAAGAGGAGAAAAAACCAACUGAUGUGAAAACACAAACAGGAGGAAAUGCGUUAAGGAGACUAUCUUUGUAUAUCGGAAAUUUCCCUUGGUGGACAUCUGAUAAGGACCUUAAAAGCAUGGCCCAGAGGCUAGGUGUGAAGGACGUCGUAGAUAUUAAAUUUGCUGAGAACAGAGUUAAUGGCCAAUCAAGAGGUUAUGCAGAAGUGGUGGUGACCUCAGAGGAGUCACUUAAAAUAUUGUUGGAAAAAAUACCUCAGUGUAAUGUCAAUGGAGAGAGGGUAGACUGUCGCUUCGCCACUUGCCAGAACCUUGCUAUUUUUGAGGAAAUUGCCAAUAAACGUAUACCCAUGCGCGUUAACCCGAGACCCAAGGAAUCUGAUUCUACAGAAAUUACUCUCACAUCAUCGUCAUCAUCAUCAUCACAGGACUAUAGCCUACCCCCUAUACCUCCACUUUUCCCACCACAUGCGAACAGCUAUCCUGCACCAUCUAGUCCUUUUCUUAUUCAGCCACCUCCACUGUUCCCACCCAUGGCACCAGCAAUUCCUCCACUCAUGUCGUCACAUUUGUUCCCACCCCAUCCUGCACAUGUGCCUGGCCAACCGCCUCCCAGUUUGCACAUAAAUCCUGCAUUCUUCACCCCGACACAGGAUGGACACAGCAGCAAAACGUACAGCCAACAAAAACAAGGUACAGAUGGUGAUUUUGAGGAGCUAAUGAACAGAAAUAGGACGAUUGCCAGCAGUGCAAUCACCAAGGCUGUUUCUGGAGCAACAGCUGGGGACUUGCGUAUGGCCAUGGAAACAUUAUUAACUGCUAUAGCCAUCAUUAAGCAGUCCAGAGUGUAUGGAGAUGAACGCUGCCAAGCUCUGGUCACCUCACUAAAAGACUGUUUAGUCUCUAUCCAGGGUGACUACGGCCACAGCAAGAACAGUCGUUCUAGAGAAAAAGAAAGAGACCGGGACAGAGGUCGUGAAAGAGACCGAGAGCGUGACCGGGAGCGAGAACGCGACAGAGACCGGCAUAGAGAACGGGACAGAGAUGACUCUUAUGGCUGGGAGGUGGCACGAAGACACAGAGAACAUUCCUGGAUUGGAGACCGGGACAAGGGGCGCUCACGGGAACGGGAGCGGCACAGAGACCAUAGAGACAGAUACCGCUAACUUGACUGAUGGAAACUGAUACAGAGAGGAUAUUCACCUAUGGGGAUAUGAAACUAAGGAAUUGUAUCUCAGUCUAAAGUGUACAAUUGCUGUUGUUCAUCUCCUGUACAUAGUAGGACUCUUGGAUCUGGAUGUAGAUUUUCUUCCUGUGAAAUAUAUUUCAAUGAUUGCAUGCAGUUACCUUAUGUAAUACAGUAUAUCACUUUUUGUAUGAAAUCUACCUAAUAAAAAAAAAAUCCCCAAAA